CACACAUUCUAUAGACGGGGUGAAUUGCGACGCGCACUAAUUUGAAUUCUCUUCGGGGAAGUUGAGGGUAGUUUUUCUAUUGGAUUUUGUGGUGACUUUUUGUGCAUGGUAUUUUAAACGUUUUUUGCCUGUUUUGUUGACAAGAUGGAUCGAAUGAUGGAUUCGCUGCUGAAAAACAAGAUAAUAUAAAUGACAACAGAUGACAAACGAGAGCAGCAGCAGCCUGGAGACGGCGACCGGCGCGUCGGGCCCGAACGGCCUGACGGUCGCAACGACCGACGCCACCGUCGUCAACAACACCGCCCACACGAACGCCAACAAGCACAUGCAGGACAUGGCAUUGGCCGGCCUGCUCAGCGUCGUCAUCGUCAUUGUCAUCAUCGGCAACACUCUUGUCAUACUCGCCGUCAUCACCACCAGAAGGCUGAGAACGGUCACCAAUUGCUUCGUCAUGUCUUUGGCGGUCGCCGAUUGGCUUGUCGGCAUAUUCGUCAUGCCACCAGCCGUCGCCUACAGUUUAAUGGGUAAAUGGGAGUUGGGCUGGGUAAUGUGCGACAUCUGGGUGUCGCUGGACAUCCUGCUCUGCACCGCGUCCAUCCUGAGUCUGUGCGCGAUCAGCGUGGACCGCUAUCUGGCCGUGACGCAGCCACUGAGUUAUUCAAGGAAGCGACGUUCGAAACGGCUCGCCUUCACCAUGAUCCUGGUCGUAUGGGUUAGUUCCGCACUCAUCACUUGUCCCCCGAUGUUCGGAUGGUACGAACCAGGAAAGCACGACAACAAAGUGUGCAGAUAUAACAGAAAUACAGGCUACGUCAUAUUCUCGGCCAUGGGAUCCUUCUUCAUUCCCAUGAUGGUGAUGCUGUAUGUCUACGUGAAGAUUUCCUGCGUCGUUGCCCAAAGACACGAUCAACUGGCGCACAUUGAAACCAUACAUACAAGAAAGAGCACUAAAUUAUCACUAAACAACAAAGAGGAGUCGGAUGUUGAUCAUCCGUCUUCCGAGUGCGAAGAGCACAAUCUGAGAUGUUCCAGGUACUUUUUCCGUCCCAUAGCUGCAUGUCAUUCCCCUGACUCAGUGACGAAACAGUUCCCGGAGAACCACAGACCAAAACCGAUGGUCGGACAUUCCAGAUCGCUACGACUCAACUACCAGUUCAAUCAGGAGCCGGUCAGUGCAAACAAGUCCUCGAAUCUCUACAGGGCUUCCCUGCCGUUGAGAACCAGACCGGAGUCGCUGCAUUUAGAUGCGUCGGUUUUCAAUUUCGAGCCGGCCACCAGAGUGUCAUCGUUCAGACGGGAGACGAAAACGGCGCAGACAUUAAGCAUCGUCAUUGGCGGCUUUAUCGUUUGCUGGCUGCCGUUCUUCAUAUUCUACUUGUUGACGCCGUUCCUGGAGACAAAUGACGUGAACUCGACGAUAAUGCAGUAUCUCACGUGGAUCGGGUGGAUCAAUUCGGCCAUCAAUCCAUUCAUUUACGCGUUUUACAGUCCCGACUUCAGAAUAGCGUUCUGGAGGCUGACGGUAAAACACUUUUCCAAAACUCGAAGACCUGACUUCGCCUUUCAACAUAAAUGAAACUAUAUUUAUUUUUAACUUAAGUCAAUGUUCCAUUUUAUUAAGGGUUAAGUCUACAUUCUAGUCACUUUUGUAUAAAAUUGUAUAAUUUUAGGAUGUCUAUGUAGGUACCAGAAGAAAUAAAUUUCUUUAUGGA